CUCAUCGCCCAGACCCCUCACUUGGCGCAGGUUCACUGACUCACUACAGAAGAGCAUGCCCUUGACCGCAGGAGCGCUCCGCGGUCCUGGCCCUUCACCCGGGUUGGUGCGUAGUCAUCUCGCAGCACUGCGUGGCUUCUGUAAGAAGCCCCUCGAGCAGCACGUUAGCGGGCGGGGUAAUUUUAGAGACAGGUUCUCCGGCGGGAUGGCCUGGCAGUGAGAGGUGGGGGAAGCGUUAACCAGACCACGCACGGUCUAGCAGCCUAGGGGUCUUGGUGCCGAAGGUCAGGCGCGGCUCACGACUAGCAUCUGAGGGCACCAGCGUGUUCAGCAGAGUCCAUGAGUGUUCGUAACGCUGACCCUGAGUCAUCCAGACGGAGCCUGCAUUGUGUACUGGUUCCUUGUUUGGAAGAAAGUGGGUUAAUCCAUUUUAGAUUACUCCUUGACGGUUAUUUUCGAGAUCUUUUACCCUCUGAUGUUUGGAGUUAAAUCCUUCAUCCACCUUAAUGAGUAAUAGUCGUUACAUUUGAAUUUGAGAAUCGCUUUAAAAAAUAAAGUAGAAAUUUGGGGCACUGGUUUUCUUAAAAAUAACUUGAGGUUUAAUUCAUUCUUCCUGUUAACACUAUCCCGCGUUUAAUGUGCUUCAUUCUGUAGAAAUAGAAGUUGGAAAGGCUAUGACCCCCACCUUUGAGGAACUUAAGAUAGUUUACGGCAGGGCCUAUUAGGUGUCUAACAGAAGAGGGGCCAAGUUAUUGAAGAGAGUGAGUGUCUGGGUUAGCGGGAGAUGAGUGAGGAACCAUUUCACUUGGCCACAGCGUCAGUGGGGUUGAGGAGAGCAGACUCUAGAGCUGUUUAUGAGCAGGGCUUGACAGACUGGGUCACUGGCUAGAAAGGAAAGAGAAGACGUUUCUAGUUUGAGAGACCUGCUGGUUGGCAGCAUACCAAACUAAAUGGAAUAUGUAAAGGCCAGCAGAUGUGGGGGUCAGAGUCAGGAUCAUACGUAUGGUUCUGGACAAGGGGCAUAUCCUGUAAUGAAAGAGUCCUAAGAAGUCUAAGCAGGAGUACAGAGUUGGGAGUCAUUGGCCAGUAGGAUUUAAGGCCACAACCACUCAUACCAAAAGCAAAGAUAGCUGCCACCAGCAGCUCUCCUGGCCCAGCCCAGGUCUCGAGCCUUCCUGAUGGUUUCGCUCUUUGUCCAGGAGGCACCUGUUGGACCUGUGUGAAGCGUUAGGAAUACACAGCUAAAAACAAGGGUUCUUCCUUUCAUGGACUCUCAUGAGAGGGUAGAUGUGGAGGCAGGUAACUUAAGAUAGCUAUGUUACUGAAGAAGAAUGAGGUGCUGUGGCCAGGAGCCAUCUGUGGAGCUUUGCAGAGGCAGUGACGUUUGGAUCUUUCUGUAGAAGUUCUACAAGUGAAGGAAAGAUAAGGCCGAGCAUGGAGGGGCUGCUGCACUACAUCAACCCCGCACACGCCAUCUCUCUCCUCAGCGCCCUCAACGAGGAGCGGCUCAAGGGGCAGCUGUGUGACGCACUCCUCAUCGUGGGUGACCAGAAGUUCCGAGCUCAUAAAAACGUCCUGGCCGCCAGCAGCGAAUACUUCCAGAGCUUGUUCACCAACAAGGAGAACGAGGCACAGACUGUAUUCCAGCUGGACUUCUGUGAGCCAGAUGCUUUCGACAACGUCCUGAACUACAUCUAUUCUUCGUCUCUGUUCGUGGAGAAGAGCAGCCUGGCUGCCGUGCAGGAGCUCGGCUACAGCCUGGGCAUCUCCUUCCUGACGAACAUCGCCUCCAAGACGCCCCAGGCCCCCUUUCCCACGUGUCCCAACAGAAAAAAGACUUUCACCGAGGAUGAGGAGAACACUUCUCAAAAGAGAAGCGUCAUCGUUUGUCAGAGCAGGAAUGAAGCCCCUGGGAAAGCCGGGAGUCAGAACACCCCUGAGCUGAGCCACCCUCCCCGGCCCUCCCCAGGCAUCGCGGUCAAGGCAAACGCCAGUAAGCCCCCCGGCCCCAAGCCCACGGAGCCCCUGCACCAUGUGGCUCCAGCUGAAAAAAGCUGGCCGAAAGAUGGCCCCAUGGUUCUGGCGAGGCCGCCUGAGCUUGCCGGGCCUUCAGAGGAGCCAAGCCGGGGUGGCCUGGCCAAGCGGGCCGUGGCACCGCCUUCGAAGCCCCCGCUGGACCGGGCGGCCGUGGACGAAAGACCAGGCGCCAGCGCCCUGCUCCCCAAAGGCGUGGCCGUGGAGUUGGCGCUGCGGAGCCCGCGGCCGCCCGUCCUAUCCCUUCGGGGCUCGCCCGAGACGCCCUUCCUGCUGAAGGAGGCGGGCCGAGGCAGUGGGCCGGGGGAGGACCGGAACCUGCUGUACUACUCCAGGCUGGGGCUGGUCAUUCCAGCCGGAGCGCCGGCGCCUGGGGCCCAGGGUGUGGACCGCAGCGGCCCGCUCGUCAAGAGCCUCCUGCGCCGGUCGUUGUCCAUGGACAGCCAAGUCCCUGUGUACACACCCACUGCCGAGCUGCAGCCUCCCCCAGGCGCGGGCUCGGGCGAUGUGGCGGGCAGCGUGCUCUGCGCCUUCUCUUCUCAGAGGCCGCCCUCCAAGGACGGGGGCGAGACGGCGGCCCCCGACGCCCGGGCCCCUGCCCCACAGCCUCACCGCCUCAGGUCCUUUAGUGCCUCUCAGCCGGCUGAGCGGCCGGGGGCGCCCCCGGGGCCGGAGGUGCGGGUCAAGGCCGAGCCGCGCAGCCCCCCGGAGCCGUGCGACAUCAUUCGCGUCACCGUGGGGGAUGCCGCGGCCGCCACGAGAGACCUGGCCCUACAGACCGAAGACGACCAGAAAGACUCCAGCAGACUCCCGGCCAAGAGGCGGUUCCAGGCGGACAGGAGGCUGCCGGCCAAGCAGCCCAAGGCUGAAAGCCCAGGUUCACCGGGCUCGGGAGACCCCCGUGAGGAGGGCUCGAGCCCAUCUGCCCUCCAGGCCGACUUCCCAGGCUCUGACUUGAACAAAGACGAAUUCGGUGAGUUGGAGGGCACGAGACCAAACAAAAAGUUUAAAUGCAAACAUUGCCUUAAAAUCUUUAGAUCCACGGCAGGCCUGCAUCGGCACGUGAACAUGUACCACAACCCCGAGAAGCCGUACGCCUGCGACAUCUGCCACAAGCGCUUUCACACCAACUUCAAAGUGUGGACACACUGCCAGACGCAGCACGGUGUGGUGAAAAAUCCAGCUCCGGCCGCCAGCUCCCACGCUGUCCUGGAUGAGAAGUUCCAGAGGAAGCUCAUUGAUAUUGUGCGAGAGCGGGAGAUCAAGAAGGCGCUGAUCCUGAAGCUGCGGCGCGGCCGGCCGGGCUUCCAGGGCCCUGGCAGCUCCCCAGCGCAGGUCCUCAAGCGGGGCCUGCGCUCUCGUGCCAAGGGCGCGUAUGUGUGCACGGCCUGCGGGAAGGCCUACCGUUUCCUCUCACAGCUCAAGCAGCACGUGAAGAUGCACCCGGGGGAGAAGGCGCUUGGGGCUGCCAGGGCCGCGCGGCCCAGGGAGCGCGUGGCCGCCGGGGGCGCAGCGGGCGGCCCGGAGCUCUAUCUGUGCCGCCUCUGUAACGCCAAGCUCUCUUCUCUCCUAGAGCAAGGCAACCACGAGCGCCUGUGCCGCACUGCUACCGUGUGCCCCUACUGCAGCCUCAGGUUCUUCUCGCCCGAGCUCAAGCGCGAGCACGAGGGCAAGUGCGAGUUCCGCAAGCUCACGUGCCUGGAGUGCAUGCGCACCUUCAAGUCGGCCUUCAGCAUCUGGCGGCACCAGGUGGAGGUGCACAAUCAGAACAGCAUGGCCCCGGCCGCCGGCACCUCCCCACCCCGGCCUGACCUCAAUGGCGAGGCCACCGGCCCUGUCCGGCCCCCUGUCCCGCCCGAGCCUGGCCGAGCCGACCACGCGGCCCCUGCCACCAAAGACGACCCCACGGGGAGCGGCCGCGGCCCUGAACCUGUGAACUUUGACUCCGAAGACUCCACCUGCCUCCCCGAGGACCUCAGCCUCUCCAAGCCGCUGAAGAUCCAGGUCAAAGAGGAGCCACCGGAGGAGGCCGAGGAGGAGGCGCCCGAGGCUGGCGCGGCCCCCAAGGACCUGUGGCCCUGCGAGAAGUGCGGCAAGACCUUCCCGGCACCUAAGCAGCUGGAGCGGCACCAGGAGCUACUGUGCUCUGUGAAGCCCUUUAUCUGCCACGUCUGCAACAAGGCUUUCCGCACCAACUUCCGGCUCUGGAGCCACUUCCAGUCCCACAUGGCCCAGGCCUCCGAGGACCCUGUGCACCGGGAACCCGAGGGUGGCCCAGGCCCUGCCGGCUCCCCGUCACCACCCCCGCUGCCCCCGCCGCUGCCCAAGAUCCAGCCCCUGGAGCCUGACAGCCCCACAGGCCUGCCUGAAACCCCCACUCCCACCGCCGACAAGCUGUUCGCUCCCCGAGAGUCAGACACGCUGUUCUACCAUGCGCCCCCCCUCUCCGCCAUCACUUUUAAAAGACAGUUCAUGUGUAAGCUCUGCCACAGGACAUUCAAGACGGCCUUCAGCCUCUGGAGCCACGAGCAGACCCACAACUGAGACUUCUCAGCCCUGGAGACAAGAGCUGGUCUCCAGACUUCAGCCCGAGUCAUGAACUGUGUCAAAAAAAAAAACAAGAUAUUUUUUAAAGAAUAAUAAUAAAGGUUGCAAAUUAUUAUGCUUGAAUAUAAGUUUGAGGUAAACUGAUAUGAGAAAUGUCCUUACUCAACCUAGGAAAACUCCGCACAGCCUUGUGCUUCUGGACCUUACAGCAACGCCUUUAUUACUGUGGAAGCUUGUUCUCGGUUGUCUGCAUGGUUGCGCAUCCCAUGGUGUCAGUAUAAUCUACUUGAGGUGGUUUGGGUUUUUCUUACUGAUUUUCAGUUAUUGAAACACUAUGAAAGUAUUUCUUUAGAUUCUAUGAAGAAACCUAUGUUCGUGCAUCUUAGCCAUGUUCUCAAGUCCAAACAUAUGAGAACAAAGUGGAGUAGUUUGCAGUAUUAAGAUCCUAGAGUACUUCAGCAAUAAAAUUAAAAAAAAAAAAUAAAUAAACCUCAACUUUAAUAGAUAUCCUGACACUUGAUAAAAAUAAAUAUUUGGUAUUUUGUGGUUAUUUAGAACCUUUUUUGUAUGAAAAUUGUGAGAAAUUAAAAUCAGCAAUAGUAAUACUUAGGUUUAUAUAAAAUAACAAAAAACUUGCUCUUGGGUCAUUUCAUAUAAUUAGUGAUGGAAGACUCAGGAAAGGAAAGCAUGGAGAUUUCUGGAAGCCCUCCACCUUGGUUUCCAAAGUGGUGGUGGUGAUGGGUGUGGGGUCAGAGCACCCACCAGGGCCCCGAAUUCAGACCAGCAUCAAGGGGCUGUGCAGGUUUGCUUCCCCCGGUUUGUGCCAUCACAGGUUGAAACUCCGUGUGUUAGGGACAGAAAACAGCAUACGGCACAAAUUUUGAAUUUAACGUUAGUAUAACAGGUAAAGUCAGGACAUGUGCUCACACAGCACCCCCCAGAGUGAGUGCAGCUGCUCUAAACCCCGAAUUACUGUUCACUUUCAGAGACUUGAAGCAGAGGGAGGAGCCACACCACGGUCUCCACACCCUUUUCAAGAACAACCUGUACAGUCAUCAGUUUUCCUGCCUCUUUGUUUUGUGAUUUCUGUUAGGAUUUUUUGGAGUUUACAGUGGUAAAAUGUCCAUAGUGGAACCAUCCUUCUUUAAGGCACUGCUGAAUAUUUCAUAAAUAUGUGUGAAAGUAGUCUCAAGGGUCCACAUUUAGUUUCUGCUACUUAUUUUGGCCCAUAGUGCUUGGGCUUCUUUUUUUGUUUUCUUAUUUUGUAUAAAUUGUAAUUUAAAGCCUUUGAGUCGGUAUAAUCCAGAGUUCAUUGGGACGCUUAAAAAGGAAAAGAAUUUUAUUUCAUUGGCCGGGGUGGGGAAGUGAGAUACAUAAAAGUAGGAAUAUUGUCGAAACCCCUAAAUUCUUUCAAAGUAAUGAUGGACCUUGAUGGUAAAGCCUCCAAGUUUAUUAACUUUUUUGCAAGCUCUUUUUUCAGAUAAGAAAAUCAACUACUGUGACUGAGAAAUACUCUACCGAGUACUUAAACUGGUCCUCUGGCAGAAGUCUCUUCAUAGUCUCAUAACCCACAUUCCAUAUCAACAGUAGGAAAGAGAUUCUUACUUUUUUAUUGAAACACAAGCAUUUUUAUAAAGUUCUAAUUGACUUUGUAUAUUGUAGAAACUACAUAUGCAAUUUUGCCUUUUAUUCUUUCAUUUGGAAACUAUCAAAAGUCCCCAAAUGUGGUUACUUCCUAGUUUUGUUCUUAAAUUUGGUGGAGAAAAUAAAAUUAAGUUGCCAUUAUUGAUUAUUGCCAUCUUUAGAUUUCCUUGAACAAACCUAUGCGUUUUAAAGACAGAGUGAGAGCAUGUGGUUUUUUGUGAAGCGUUAGGAUAGGAGUUCAUUCCCUGGAUAAUGUGGUGUUUCUCACUCUGAACACCCUGGUAGCUAUCACUUCAAAAGAAGACACUUCCCUCCAGAGUAAUGCUUUCUUAUGGCACUGGAGGCUGGGUGGAUAAUUCCCUGAUUCAUGGGAUCUUGGCUUUGUAAACUCAGUAUCCCAGGACUUGAACCUUUAUGCUACAUUUUUGAAGAUUUUUUAAUAACAUUAAUUAGUAAAAAAAAAAAAAAUAUUUUUGAUCUAAAUAUAGGCUCCGCAUAUCUGUUAGAUUUUAAAAAUUGCCAGUGUUUUGUCUUGUCCACCUUUUUGUCUAGGCAAGGAACAUAAGUUUUCAAAUAAAAUUUUGAACCAAAAACAUUUAUAAUGCAGUUCUGGUUUUUCUAUUAUUUUUUAUACUGUACCUUAAAAGCAUUAGGCUUGGAAGAGUUUAUUUUGGUGGUCAAAAAAAUAGGCUUCCUCUCAUCUGACUAUUUUAAAUUUUAAGAUGUAAAAUAAUGAAAGACAGAUAAAUUGAUUUAUUCAGUAAAGUGUUUUUUUUAAGACUGUUUAACUCAGCCUGUUGUUAUAAGACAAAUUGGUCUUUUCAUGCUGAAAUGCGCUAGCUAGUAAAGAUAUUCUUGAAAAUCUUUUUUUUUUUUCUGAUUGUAAUUAAUUUUGGGAAAUGUAGAAAGCUCCUUACUCCUUUGUACGUAUUCAGGAUGCCUGCCUUUUUAUGCAAUUGUGGAAAGAAUGUCAGAUGUUUUAAUAUAUUCUUUGUUAAUCUGAAAACUUGUUAUCUGAUCAUUUUCUUCAUUUGGAGGGAGGGAGGAACACCACAAAAAGGGCAUUUUUUAUCAAAAUAAGUAAUGGAGGUAACAAAUCUUGUACAUUUUUUUAAUAGUAAAAAUAUUUAAAGAGUAAGAGACUAUUCACUUUUAGAACUGGUUAUGGUUAAUAUGCGUUUAUAACUUUGUCAAAAUAUACAACCAACAGUUUGAGUGAUGUUGUCUGCAUCUGUAGGGAGAUGGAUGUGGUUCCUGGUUUUCUGUUUGGGAACAGAUCAUCCCAGCCUUCUCUUAAAAAAUAUAACCCCAGCACUUAAUCGGUGAUCAUCUGGUCCACACAUAGCACCCAUGGGUGCUAAGAGUAGGAACUGAGACUGGAAUAAAAUGUGCCCUUCAGUGGAGAAAAGAGGUGUGUUCAGGCCAACCCUGUGGUUGGAUGAGGGAGGGACAGGAAUGGACUGGUCCAAGUCGGCCUUUGUUCCCUCAAACUCUGUGUGUGUGUGUUUGUGUGUGUGUUUAUACAACCAUAGUCUGGAACUUUAGAAAAGUAAAAUUAUUUUCAUUUCUUACUGCAAAAAUAAUUACAUGUCAUUCGUAACAGGUUUCUUUAUAAAUUGCACUAAUUAAUAUUGGAAUGUUACAAGUCAGUUUAUCAAUUUCUGAUGUCUCUUUGAUGUUUUUUGCAAUAAUUGUGAAAAGCAUUAUUGAUUUCAGUAAUGCUAGCACAUAUUCUUUAAUAAGUUCUUUAACACUGGCUUUUUUUUAAGUUUUACACAUAGUUUUUUCUCUUGUGGCUUUAGCACUUUAAGGAGUUUGGCGUUUGCAUAGUUUUUGGUGUGCUUCCCGGGUAUGCGCCAGGGCGUCACGUUGCCACGUGACUGGAGAAAACUCAUGGUCUGUCUUUAGAUUCUGGAGAAAAAAAAUGAGUCAAUGUCAGGUUUUUUAAAAAUCCCAUUUAGAGGCAGUCAUUUGGGAACCAAAGUAUUUUACUGUAAAUCUUUAAAAGCAUUGAAUUCAGUGCUCUUUAGUCAUUUAUUCGUGCUGUCCAGAUUUUCCACAAAGUUAUACUUGGUUAAUUUGCAAAAGUGAUAAUUUCUUCUUGACAUUAAUCCAAGACUGUUUCAAAAUUUUUAUUGAAUAAAUGCUUAUUGCUAAAAGAACAACAAAUGUGGUUUUAUAACUGUGUAUUUUGUUUCAUAUGCCUCAGCAGAGAGAUCAUUGUUAAGUUUUAUUUAGGAAUAAGCUUUUUUGGACUGAAAAUUCAUAGUGAAAUAGGAUUCUAUCUAAUGUUAAGCCAUCGCUUCUUUGUAUCCAGUUGUCUGUUUACUUUGCUUAAAUCUCAACUAAGAUUGAGUGGAGUCAAUAAAUUUGUACUGUAUUUUG